GAAUUAGUCCCUGACAGCUACCUGUUCUAAGAAAUUCUUUACACAUCAGAGUUCCUCCCUUCUUUUUCCCAUUGCUAAAGGCCAUCUCGCCAGUACAUAAAACCAUAAAAUCUCUUCUACAUAAAAUACACAAAAAUGUCAUUUGUAUAAAAAUACAAAAAACCCGCCCCACAGCUGAUCUACAAACCUACAAAACAUAACAGCAAGCUUUGAAUCGUUCAGGAACUUAUAAUUUCAUUUGGAUAUUGUAAAACUUACGUAACCCUAUACCUGUAAUCACCUUUAUUUUUUAUGUAAGCAAUGGUUUAAUCUAAAUGUUAAGAUGCAACACAUUCUUUUAAUUGUGUUAAAAUGUUUUACGAAGAAUGUUUGUCGUACUGCUGACCGGCCGUCUCACUGCCCAUGUGGUCAGAGGAGCAUAAAAUUAUAUUAGUUGGAAAAAAAUGUCCGGUUUCCUUCCUUGAUACAUUUUCCUUUGCAAAAUGUUGAGGUUUUUAGGCCUGCUAUGCAUUUUCUGCAUGAAUUGAAUGACUACAUCUUGGUAGUCGAAGGACUUUGGAUUGUGUGGUUUAAGCCUGUAGUAAUUUUGUUUGAGCUCGAAAAGUAAUUGUAAACACUAAAUACUGAACGAAGCAUGUUUACGUUCAUGGGCGAUCGGCAAUGAUGGAUGAGCAUAUAUUAUUACAUCCAGAGUUACUUGACGAAGAUGAGCUCUACCGGAUACUUAAGGAUAGGGGAGUGCGGAUGGACUACGGAAUAUCAAAGCGUAAGCUUCUUGAUGUUUUUCAUAGACUGUGUGUUCCUCUGCCACAGAGACAAUACAAACUUUCUCGAAGAGGAAAGGAAUUAACAAAAAUGCGUGAAAAGCAAGAACAGGAAAAGGCAAAGCAAAGCACAUCUGUUACAAACAAUAGUCCAUCAUCAUCAUCCUUGUCAUUAUCGUCGUCAUCAUCAACAAUGCCAUAUUCAAAUCGUCAGAAACAGCACUCUGACCAUACAGGAAAGGAUCGUUUAAAACCACCUCCAGAUCUUACUCAGAGUAAAAAGAUCAAGUUGAACACCAGCACCUCCACAUCUGGAAGCAGUAAAGCAAGUAAUGGAGGUGAUAAUUUCCUUGACAAAAUAAUCAUUAAAAGUAAAUCAACUGACAAGAAAGCUGAUGUAAAAAUAGAGAAGAGCCAAAAUGAAGAACAAAAUGCAAAGAAGGAUGUUUGUUCAGAACCUACUAAAGCAAAAAAGAUAACACUGAAGAGACCUGUUAUUGAAAUGGAAGAGGAGCGAAACACAGAAGCGGUGUCAGAGGGAACAAAGCCAAAAAAGGUCAGGCAGAAGAUUAGUUGGCCGUAAAAAUAGGAAAAGAAGCUAUUUUUAUCAUCAGUGCCUACCAUACUUCUCCCCGAAGAGUCUGAUAAGGCUAUAAUGUUAUGAAGAUAGAGUAUUCAGGAAAGCAUGUAUGCUUCAUAUACAUAAUUAAAUACAUACAGUUACACGUGUGGGGUCCGUUUUGUGUACUUUGUGCUUGUGCAGUGUAAGCUCAUAAUGUGAAAAAAGUCCUGUCAUGCAGCUAACUAACCAUUUGUACAAAGAAUAACAUGGAGCAGUGAUUAAUGAACUGGAACUGUUGGAUAUUCUAUUAUCCAUAAGAACUGGAGCAGAUUGUCAGUUGUUCUUGGUGGUGUACUGUACGUGAUGACGAUGAACUCAAGUGCAAAACUAAAGAUUCUCUUUUUAUAUACUCUUUAAAUUGCUAAAGUUUUAUGGGGAGUCUGCAGUCUCAAAUGGUACUCCAGAUUCUUGCACUUCAGUACCCUCAGUCUUAAUGUUGACUACCUUAAUAUGUAGCUUUCCAGGCAUCUUAUGUACAGGUCACUGAAGAAGUAUUUUAAGCAUAACUGCAUUCAGUUUGACAGCUCAGGUUUCUCAGAAUGAUUUUUAUUUCUUAUAGAUGUUUAUGGGGACACUGUCUUCAUGCGUAUGAUUCAAAGUGACAUUUGCAGCCCAUUUCUAACAUUAUCAUUUACACUAUUACAUGUUGAGACAUCCUCUGUCUCUUCUUGUAAAUUUUCAUUAUUUUUAAUGGUCAUAUCCUACUGUCAUAGACAGUGCCAUUUACCUGCCAAAAGCCAGAAGUGCUGGUACUAAUUGGUAGCUAUUCUCAUAGGGACAUCCUAGUCUUCUCAAGUAAGUAAGGUGCAUAAGUAAAUGGUUUGUAAGCAGUAUAUUGCUUCAUUUGUCCAAAUAGAGCUACUUUGAUAUCAUA